AUGGAUUGUCCCUCAUUUCUCAGAGUUUCGAUUGUUCCAAUGAAAGAUAUGAUUGUUUGCAGAAGAAGUGAUGGCAAUGUGGAGCUUUUAGGAAUCCAAGGGAGGUUCCUCAAUACGGUACUGAAAGCUAUGCACAUGCCUUUUCAAUUAGUCAUAGCAGAGGACGGAGAAUGGGGUCGUCUUUUGCCCUCUGGGAACUGGACAGGGAUGAUUGGCAAGAUACAGAAAGGAAAUGCAGAUAUAGCUGAUAGCCAUAUUGGCAUAACAGAACAAAGAACUGCUGUAGUCGAUUUUAGCACAGUUUACUUGAUUGACGAUAUGACGUUUGCUAUCAAGAAACCAGGCCCAGUUCCGACGUCUCUGGCAUUCGUGCGCCCAUUUGAUUUUAUCACAUGGAUCUUAAUUUUCACUAUUUUAUUGGUCGUGCCGUUAAUAUUUCAAUGGACGUUUCAUUGUAAGCGGACUUACAUCUACUUUUUUCUUAGUCUCCUGGGAUCCAUAUUUCGACAACCAACUUUUACAAAUUUCAAAAUCAAGAAAUUCAAACCAGUUCUUUUUUCAUGGUGUUUCUUCGCGACAAUAGUAUCUUUCAGCUACUCGGCGGUCCUUCUCUCGAUGUUGUCUGUACCAUCGGAAAUAAUUGCCGUUCAAAAUUUCAAAGAACUUGCCGAUGCUGUGAAAAAUGAUGGCUACCGAUCUUACGUGAAGAAAGGUUCAGCUACUCUGGACUUCAUGCUUCGUAAUGACAAAGAGUAUUUGAAAUAUUUGGGGGAGAGUGCUGUGCACCACAAUUGGUACACAAACAGCCUUCCUUUAACUCUGACAGAUCAGAUUAACCACCGUUCAGCAUUGAUAGACCCUAGAACAAAACUACAAAUGGUCGCCGGUCCUGAAGAGUGGAAACCCCAUUUUUUGUCAGAUGAUUCUCUUCAGACAUACCAGUUUGCUGUUGCCAUGAAAAAGAAUUUCUGUCACAAAAAGAAAUUAAACACGGUUAUAUCUCGUAUAAACAAUGCCGGAUUAUACAUGCAGUUUACAAAUGAGGAACGGUACAAGCUGUGGCUGUCUGCAUCUGAAAGAAGAAGGAACGAUUCCAAAAAAAUAAAACCUCUAACGCUGGAAGAUUUGUCUGGAGUCUUUGGAGCAUUUUUGGUUGGAUUAGUCUUAAAUCAGAUUAACCACCGUUCAGCAUUGAUAGACCCUAGAACAAAACUACAAAUGGUCGCCGGUCCUGAAGAGUGGAAACCCCAUUUUUUAUCAGGCGAUUCUCUUCAGACAUACCAGUUUGCUGUUGCCAUGAAAAAGAAUUUCUGCCACAAAAAGAAAUUAAACACGGUUAUAUCUCGUAUAAACAAUGCCGGAUUAUACAUGCAGUUUACAAAUGAGGAACGGUAA